CGUAAACCGAGGUUUCCUGACGGCGUCCUUGCUUUACGACGGCGACUACUAUGGAGGCGUUCGGUCUAAGAUUUGAAAGUGUUAGCAGUAUCGAAGAGCGAAAAGAACAGACCCGUAUUGCCAGGGCCGAGGUGUUACGCCAGGCCAAACAUAAUUUUGAAAAAGAAAAAAGGGGUGAAGAACGUAAGCAACUUCGAGAUGUGGACACAUGGAUGCUUCCUGAUGUGAAUGAGCGAAUUGAACAGUUCUCACAGGAACAUUCUGAGAAGAAAAAGAAGAAAAAGGACAAGCAUUCAAAAAAAGUGAAGAAAGAGAAGAAAAAGAAGAGGAAGAAAAAGAAAUGUCAGAAACAGAGUGAGUCGACUGACAGCUCCACAAGUUCUGAAGACGAGUGGGUUGAGGCUGCUCCCUCCCAGAUAUCUGGCAAAGAAAAGACCUGGAAAGUGAAAGACAAAAGGACAGAAAAAGAAUGUGACAGCCAUGGUAUUAAGCGGGAUGAGUGGAUGACUCUUGAUUUUAUGUCCAUUAAAACUGUGUCCUCAUCAUCACUCAAAGCUGAAGAGGAAACUCUAAGACAAAUAGAGCGGGAGAAAACCCAAGUGUUAGAGCAGUCCAAACUGCUCGAAAGAGAAUUGAAUCCAUACUGGAAGGACGGGGGGACAGGUCUCCCAUCAGAAAACUGUACACUGCCAGUUACUAAAGCUACAGGAGUAGAGGAUGGCGGAUUAAGCUGGCUAAGAAAGUCUUGUCAAAGAAUGAAGGAACAAGCUCAAAAAGAAAACAGAAAUUUUGAAGAUAUUGUAGCUGAAAAAUACGGGUCAAUGGAAAUAUUUCAGUCAAAAUUAAGAGAAGCUGAAAAAAUUGCAUACAAAAGAGAAGACUAUGGUUGGGAACGGUGGAGGAAGCCUGCAUAUUCAGGUAGAGCAGAGUGUAGUCAAGCAAGUGGCGUGUCAGGCUUAAUGAAAUGUAAAAAUCCCUCAAAGGACAGACACCUGGAAAUGGAGCUAGCAAACAGCAGCAACCAUAAGUUUAAUGGUCCUGACACAGGGAAGAGAUCUGGGACUUUACAAACCUGUAGAAGGGAAUAUGCCCUAAGAAACAGCCAAGAAUCUUCUGGAAAUUUGAGAUCUAAAUUCUUAAAACCCGGUGAUGAAGAUGAAUUGUCAUUUCACAAGAGUAAAAAUUUUGAAUCAUCUACUUCAUAUUCUCCAUUAGUGGCUCAGGCUUCUUUGCAUUGUGAUUUUCGAAAACUCACAGAGUACAGUGAAGAAAGUUCGUCCUGGAGUCGAUCUGGUGGGCGACAAGAAAACACAAAGCAUUCAGAUAAAAAGCCAUUGGAAACCUGGAGCUACAAUGCCAAUCCGCACUCUACAGGAGGUAGAAGGGAACAGUUAAAUGCUGAGAGCAUGAGUGGUGAUCCACCAGGAAGAGGACAUCUGCAAGACAGGACGCUGACAAUUGCUGGUCCAGAGGCAGAGUCCACCUAUAUCUUAAAUGUUGAUGAAAAGAACAAGUUGGGGGCCAAGAUUAUCAAGGCAGAAAUGAUGGGGAAUAUGGAAUUAGCUGAACAACUUAAAGCCCAACUUAAAGAGGCAAAUAAAUAUAAAGAAACACAGAUACCAGCAAAAAGAUUGGGCGUAGAGCAUGAAGAUGAACAAGAAGUAAUCCUUAUUAAAACAGAUGAGUCUGGAAGAAUGUGGCCUGUGAGCAGCCCUAGAGAAACCCUGGAUAUGAAAGCAGAAAGAAGGAAGAGAAAGAGAGUUUCAACCUAUGAGAAUAAGGAAAGGAUCCGAUACUUUACUGAUGAUGAUCAUUUGAGCCUCAAAGAUUUAGUCAAGAAUGUGAAAAUGGGAACAGAUAUCAACCAAAACAGACUUUUCAUGAAAAUGGCAUCUAAGGUUAUGGGAAAAUCAGAUGAAGACUAUUAUGCUCUGGAUGACAUGUUUGUCUCCAAAGCAGCUGAGAAAGAGUGUCUUGGUAAGAAGGAAGAGAGCCAGAGGAGAAGAGCAAUUGCUGAGCACCAGAGUCUUGCUGCAAAAAUGGCAAAGUGUCUUUACUGUUUUGACAGCUCUCAGUUUCCCAAGCACCUUAUUGUUGCAAUUGGUGUGAAGGUUUAUUUAUGUUUACCCAAUUUCCGGUCUCUUACUGAAGGACACUGCUUCAUAGUCCCUCUGCAACAUCAUCAAGCAGCCACUGUAUUAGAUGAAGAUAUCUGGGAGGAGGUUCAGGUGUUUCGAAAAUCAUUGGUAAAAAUGUUUGAAGAUAAAGAGUUGGAUUGUAUCUUUUUGGAGACUAACAUGGGUUUGAAGAAAUACUGUCAUAUGGUUUAUGAGUGUAUCCCUCUCCCAAAGGAAGUGGGUGACAUGGCCCCCAUCUAUUUUAAGAAAGCCAUAAUGGAAUCUGAUGAAGAAUGGUCUAUGAAUAAGAAGUUGAUUGAUUUGUCUUCAAAAGAUAUUAGAAAGUCUGUGCCCAGAGGAUUGCCUUACUUUGCUGUCAACUUUGGCCUUCAGGGAGGUUUUGCCCACAUCAUUGAAGAUCAGUACAAAUUUCCUCAUUACUUUGGAAAGGAAAUCAUUGGUGGUAUGCUGGAUCUAGAACCUAGUCUAUGGAGGAAGAGGAUCCGAGAAAGCUUUGAGGACCAGAGAAAGAAAACAUUGCAGUUUGCUCAGUGGUGGAAACCAUAUGAUGUCACCAAAAGUAAAAGCUCUUAAGUGUAGGUUAUGUUUCAUUUUCUAUGCUGAGCCCAUUCAGUUUAUGGCUAUUAUAUUUACAAACAACUGUUCCUUGGGCUGUAGGGAAAGCAGCAGCAGCAGUUGGCCACUCUAGUCACUGACACCCAUGUUAGGUCAAGCUGUUUUGUUCCUAAUGAUUCCUGGAAAUGUGGUUUGGGUGACCAUGGAGUAAGAGCAACUGUAUCAAUAUUAUCGGCUCACAUUUCAUUCUGUGUCUACUUCUAGAUGUACCAAAUUACUCAGUUACUCUAGAGAAGGACUUGUUUCUAGAGGUCUAGCAAAGCUACAGGGGAAAGUGGGUCUGCUUCCAGGUAGAGUCUACCACCUAGCUUCUUUUGUUCUUUUUAAACAAGACUGGAUGUAUUCAGUACUAAUUGAAGUUUAUUUUCAUAGUUUCAUGGAAGAGUUUCUUUACUAGUAGCAUAUAGUAUCACUAUGCAUUAUCUUGGUUUAAAGAAAAGGAUUAAAGGAUUAAAUGAUAAGGAAAAUAUUCAUAAAUACAAACUUGUUUGUUCUAGACCUUGAAAUAGUCUGAAUUUUGGUAAUCAUAAAAACAAUUGUUGGAAAUAACACAAUUUUCAGUUGUUUGUAGUUCAUGUAAAUCUAAAGUCUGUAACCAAAUCACUGUAUUGGGAUUGUAAUGUCUCAAAUAUUAAUGUAAAUGUCCAGGGGAUGUGCUGUUGUUCCAACUUGAUUAAAGGUACUUAAAUUUUAUUGUUCUCAACAACAUUUGAUCUUGAGAAAAGCUUGGUUUUAUAAAAUAUGAAUUAUAGUCUUUUUAACAUGCUUUUAAAAAAACGAAUUAUUACGUUUUGUUAAUGCCUAGAUGAAGGGUGCCGCAGAAUAACUCAUUACGUUUAUUUUAAUGUCAGCUUGUCAAUGUUUCCAUAUAUAUCAUUUGAAUGUUACAAUGGCAACUGUUUUUUUUUUUUUUUUUUCUGUAAGGUUUGUCACUUACAGACUGAGGAACAGCUGGGGAUCUUCUGAUAUCUUUACGUGAUAGCUUCAGGAUAGUUGGAUUUCCCCUCUUCCUUAAAACUCCCCCAGAACAGCUAUUCCAAUGAAAGCUGUAAGAAGUGGGGUGAGCCAGAGAUACCCAGAUGGUGAUGAAAUGUGACAUUUCUAUAUUAUGUUUGUCAAACUUGACCUACCUAAAUUUAAGAAGAGUUGUAGGGCUGAUCAUGGUACUAGAAGCCUUUAAUCCCAGCAAUUGGAAGGCAGGCAGGCAGUUUCCCUUGAAUUCAAGGUUAUUCUGCUCUACAUAGUCAGUUCCAGGAGAGCCUGGACUGCAUAGAGACCCAGCCUCAAAAAAAAAAAAAAAAAAAAAAAAAACAUAAUCUUGCUUUUGAUAGGAGAAAUGUGAAAACCUGUGUGACCAUUUUAAAAUGGUUGCAAUUUAUUUUCUGCCUACAAAUGUAUAUUACAUUCAAAUUCUCCUAAGGAAGCCCCAUUGUAGUGAGACUUUAGGCUUAGACUUAUAUAGUUCAGAGUCUCUUCGAAAGCAAGAUAAAGAGUCAUUGAGGUAUUUUUCUGUUCAGUCUGAAGGCCUGUAUACUUAAGAAACAAAAUAUCUGCACUCUUCCCAGUAGAUACGCCAUUAAACCUACAGUAUUGAGAGAAGCAUACGUUAGUUCAGUGGGUAUAGUAAUUGAAGAGGAAUGAAGGUGAUCAGGAGAAAUGUAUGAGUCCAUACUCUCUAGUGAGUCUAAAAUUAAGUUAGGCUUAUGUUACUGUUUUCUAGAGCCUCAGUCUGUUCUUGAGAAGAGUCUAGCUCUUUCCUGUGUUAUUUGUACUCUGGUUUUUCGAGACAGGGUUUCUCUGUAUAGCCCUGGCUGUCCUGGAACUUCACUUUGUAGACCAGGCU